GUCAACAAAAUUACCAUGAUAUUUUGAAAUAGUUCAAACUUUUGCAUUUUGAUUUACUGUACCAAGUGGUACAAGACAGCAUGCAGAUAUUACUCAUACUCUCUAGUGAAAGGUAUGACAAGAUGGCAUAGCAGAAGUUUGCUGCUUGUCUAUUCAUGAAACUACUAGAUCUGCUGUUCGCUUUGUCCAUCUCAAUCCUUGUGAAACUACGACCAGUUCUCUCCACCUUCUAAGAUUGCCUUUCUAUAUAUAUAGUGUUUGCAGAACAAGCAAUGAACUGUGCAGACAUUGCUGUCAUGAACAUGACCAAAUGUGACUCCUUUCUAGGGCGGGGAAAAUAGAGGCUAUGAUUCCAAUUGCUGGUAAACCCUCACAAACUAUUCAAUUUGCUAUGCUCUGUUAUACUGGUCAAGUGAGCCUUAUAAAUUUGACAACAGUUCAACGAGCAAGCUUCGAGAGUGUUCAGUCCAACCAAGUCAAACCCAUGUCUAGCAACCUGUAUAUGUAGUCAUUAUGCGAUGAUGGUCUUUGAUGUCUUGUCCAUACUUUUCUUACAUUCAUCUAGUUGGUUUAUAGAUCAGAAAUCACUUCUUAAUUCCACCAUGCCAGAAAAGAAGAAGAAUCUACAAUUCAUUUGGCCCAAAGAUGGUCCCAAAGGUCGUGGUCAUCGAGGAUUUCUGGGAAGACUCAAUAACGUUGUGACGAAUAAGGGACCAGAUAUCUUCGUCGGGAAACAAGGAAGCAGAAUUAGUCCCGAUCGAUGGCAAAAUUGGGAUUCAUACCACGAUGAACAUAAACAUAAACAAGAAGUGACCGGAGCAUUCUCGAGAGAUUUCAAAAGAUAUGAUCCACAUACACGGAAAUAUGUUGAAUGGGAACAAGCUCAAGAUUGGAACGGUUAUGGAAUCGGAAAUCAUGCAUGGGAAUAUCCACGUUUAACUCUGGAUGAAUAUAACAAAAUUUACAAGACAUAUCAUCGGGGUCGACGAAUUGAUCCUUCCAAAUUCAAAGAUUGGAAUCACAGCGGUCCUAACAGAUUCCGACAAGAAUACGAUAGUUUUUGGCAAAGUGCACAUCGGACGGGAGAGAAUUAUAAAUAUGGCUGGAACUAUUUGCGCGGACAGAAUAAUCCGUGGUUGAGAAUGCAUCAACAAUGGCCUACUGACCUUGAUACUUGGAUGGCAAUACGUGGGAUGUGGUAGGCAUGUAUGAUGGAUGAUGUUAAGAGGUGGAUUUACAUAACCAGGAGAUUUAUUAAGAAUGAUUCUCUUUAUGGUUCAGGGGUGAAAUUGUUGUUCAAUUUGCAUAUAGAUUUUGACAAAGCAUGUCUAGUCUUGAGUAUCACAAAAUUGGGACA